UUUUUUUAUAGAUAAAACAAAAACGGUUCCUUCCCUCAUAUUUUUACUUCAACGCAAAUUAGUCUAAUAUUCAAAUAACAAAAAUGUCGAAUAGCUUACUUGCAUUACCAGAAGAUUUAAGAAAAAUUUAUGAACACAUUGAUGCCAAUAAGACGCGAUACGUGGAAUCAUUGCGAGAAGCGGUUGCUAUAAAAUCAGUAUCAUCAUGGCCAAACAGCCGUUCUGAUGUUGGAAAGAUGAUCGAUUGGGUUGCUGAGAAACUAAGAGCACUUGGCGCUGAUGUUCAAUUGGCUGAAUUGGGAAAUCAAACUUUAAUCGAUGGCCAAACGCUUCCGUUGCCAAAAGCAAUUUUAGCUACGUUGGGUAAUGAUCCAACGAAAAAAACUGUUUGCAUUUACGGCCAUUUGGACGUUCAAGAAACAUCGAUGGAUCUAAUGGUCUAGUAGGCAAAGACGUAUCUGCAGCUGAACUUUAUGAAAGUAUUGAAGAUAAUUUUGUUGAAAUCGGAUACGAUAAAAGUUGUUUGAAGAAGGCUAUUUGCGAACUUGCUCGACAUCCAUUGCAC